AUGACCCUGGAGUUCGUUCGAGGACGGUGGGUCUUUCUUGGGACCAUCAUACCAGAGACCGCUUUCGCCAAGAAAAUUCAGUUCGUCCGUGGGCCCCUCCGCCUCGUGGCCAGCCGUGUUGGAAACCCUGAGGAGCUCGGUAGGCAGUCGGCACGCACGAUCACCUGUGCGUCGACCAAGAAUGACGAACUGCUGGACGACUACAUCCGGACGACGGGCAAGAUCGAUCGCGCGGGCUCACGCUUCGCUAUAGGUCGCCACGGGAGUGUCGGCCUACGGCUGCUGAUCACGCCCACGCUCCUCGGGGAGGUUGAGUUCCGGGCCGAGUGUGUGAAGCUUGAGGACUUGCCGGACUUGUCCAAUGACGAUACCGAGGUCGUGGUCGGCUAA